AUGAUCCCAGUACCAAGUCGGAUCCAUUCAUGGGAAGACCUGCGGCCGUUAGUACGUAAACGAAUCGCAGUUAAGGAUCUGUUUAACGUCAAAGGGGUGCGGUCCUCGGCAGGCAGUCUAACCUGGAUCGAUAUCACGCCGAUAGCCAACAAAACCGCACCUGCGAUCCAGCGGUUGGUGGAUCUGGGUGCUACCCUAGUGGGAAAGCAGAAAUUGGCGCAGUUUGCGUCCGGCACGAAUCCAUGGGAUUGGACUGAUGAUCAGUCUCCUUCUAAUCCUAGGGGUGAUGGGUAUCUGACUUGCGCUGCGUCGUCCUCUGGCCGAGCUAGCUCGAUCGCCGCUCAGGGUAUGAUAACAUUGGAGGGCAUGCUCUCGCAGAACUGGGCCCAGGACACAACUGGCUUGUUCGCCCGCGAUCCCGUCGAAUGGGCCAAAAUUGUCAAGCAUUGGGAUGCUCCAGAACUUCACCAGUCGGAAUUCAUUACAGGAUUACCUCCACUGUCGGUGCCAGAUACAAUGGGCUUCCCAUCCCAGAUAUUGUAUCCAGAUGAACAAUUCCCACUAUCAAAGCCUGCUGCCCAGACUAUCCUUGACGCUGCCAUAACAAGCAUGGCAAAGGCGCUCAACAAUACUGUAAAACACACGAACCUGAGCGCUGCGCUCAUCGGCACACCGAUACUUUCUGAUAAGAAAGACAGCCUGGAUCGUCCUAUGAUAGCAUCAGCUCCCCAGGCGCUCAGGACCCCGCAUCUCUCUAUUGCGGAUCCUCUAUGGCGCAAGGAAUAG